AAAAAGUUUCAAAACAAGCAGACUCACCGCGACGUUUAUCGGUACGGUUCCCGGAUCCCGGACAAAUUCCUCAGGAAACUUCCAACAACCGGCAAAAAUGUUCGUCAAGCCGUUCAAGGUGAAGAGCAACAUCCUGGUGACCGGCUCGGAGCGCAAGCGGCUGAAGCAACGCGUGCAGGCCCAGUUCGGCACCGUGGCCGAAGCGCCGGCGCUGGCCGAGCUCUUCGGCAACAAGUGCAAGGUUUGCGUGGUCAAGAUCGUGACGUACGGCGAGCAGCAGGUAACGGUCUACACCAGCGAGAAGCGGCCGAUAUUCUUUGAGGUCGAGGGGAAGCUGCUUCCGACGGUUUACACGCUGUGGGCGUGCCCGGAGCUGGUUCCGCUGUUUACCACACACCCGGCCGUGCUGCCGAAGCUGGCUAAUGGGGCGGAUUUGAUGAUUCCGGGGGUGGUGCGGUCGGGGAACGAUAAGAAGUCGUGGGGAAACUAUGGGAAGGAAGCGGUUGUGGGGGUGAAUUUGACCUCGAAUCGUGCGGCGGUCGGGGUUGGGUUGUUGGCACAUGAUUCGGAAGAUUUGUACAUGUGUGGAGGACACGGGGUGGCCGUCCGGAUGAUGCACGUGUUUGGGGAUAAGUUGUGGGGAAUGGAACCGUCGGUUUGCCAGCAGGUUCCGCUGCUGGGGGCGACGCAAGCCGUGCCGAAGGAGGACGACUUUCCACCGCUGGGAGGACCGGUGGAACCGGUGAAGGCGGUGACUGCUGUGGCGGAGCAGUUGGAGCAAGUUGACCUUGAGGCCAAUGGGGACGAUGGAGAGGCUUCCGACCCGGAGCCUGAACCAGAGUCCCAGCCCGACCCGGACCAGCUGAUCCGAGCCGCGUUCCUCAACGCCAUAAAGUUGCACGGCAAAAAGAUCCCGCUGCCACUGCUCACGAGCACCUUCUACCCGCAGUACGUCCAACCGGAGCUGCCGGAGGGAAUCGAGAUGAAGCGCAGCUCGUACAAGAAGGUCGGGACGUUCCUGAAGAAGAUGGCCGACGACGGAAUCAUUCAGAUCAAGGAGGAAAAGAAGGGCGUGGAAAAGCUGGUCGCCAUCGCGUUGGACCACCCGGAUGUGGUGUCGUUCUUCCCGUAUAAGCUGCGCAAACCGGAAGAUCCGGAGGCGGCUGGCUCGGGUGGUGCCGGCGGCGAUUCGAGUGCUUCCACGCCGCUGUUGCUCACGAAAAUGGUGGAAAUGUACGCGGUGAAUGAACCCACGGAGAAGCUGUUCGGUGCCGUUGGGGUCGGACUCGGGAAGGCACUGGACGAGACGCAGGUCAGAAACUACGUGAAGGACUACGUUGGCAGGAAUAAGCUGAUGGUGCCGGAUGUGAAGCUGGUGAACUUGGACGAAACUCUACAGCAGCUUUGCGGAGCCAGUCCAGGUCAACAACUUUCAAUACCCGAGCUGUGCAACAUUGUGCUACGGACAAUGACGAGCACCUUUGAGAUGCGCAGCCACAAGGGACCGGUUACGAAGGGUGGCAAGCGGGCCAUCAUCCACCUGACGACGGCGACGCGGUCCGGCAACAAGAAAGUUACCCUCAUCAGCAAUCUGGAAGACUACGGCGUGAAUGUGGCCGAAUUCGCCAAAGCCGUGAAGCUCGGAGCGGCCGCCAGUACGACCAUGACCGAAGUGCCCGGAACCAAGGGCGAACAGCUGCUCGUGCAGGGCAAUCACAUCAAGUUCGUGUUCGAACUGCUCACCGGAACGUACCAGAUCCCGAAGGCGUGCAUCACGGGGUUGGAGUUCGCCAAGGAGCAGAAAAAGAAGAAGAAAAAGUAAGUU